AUGUGGCUUUUGCUAUGCUUCGGGUUAUUUUGCGCGGCUUCCGGAUAUAAGGAUCCGCACUGGUUCGUCCAAUGUUUCGACCGACCACUGCGCGUCGGUGAUGCGAUUACGAUGAACAACAUGAUCAUCCACGCCGAUCAUCGCAUCCAGCCGGGUCCUGGUGAGGGUACAAAUGGGACGCAUUUGAACUGCAGGAAUAAUAUGGGGCCCUGGGUCCGGGAGGAGCACUUCAGCAAGAUCCCAUUUGCCGGCGGGCCAUUUGAGCUGACGUUCCGAAUUGCCGCAAUCAACAGCGUGCACGUACACUACGCCAGUGGGGUUUGGCAAGGUGCUACCUAUGCUCGUGGUGGCAAUGUUCCGCUACACACCGCUCGGCAGAUUGACUGCAACGGCGAUCUGACAGGCGUGACAUUCCACGGGCCGGUGAUGAGAGGGAUUGUCCGAGCCGCCAAGAGCCGUCCGGACUGUACUCAACCUAUCAUCGGCAUCUCCGAUUUUGCACUCAUCAAGCAGCACAUAAUCAAUGACGGGGAUAAAUACACCGCCCGGUGGAACAUGAACGAUUUGAUGCUCGAUUUUGUUGGAGGCGACUACGGCAUCAUCGGCUCGAUGGGGGAACUGUGGCGGGAGCAGAGGAGACUAACCCUCCACAUCAUGCGUGAUUUCGGGAUGGGCCGAAAUAUUAUGGAAGACCGGGUGAUGGUUGAACAUGAGUUCGACAUCGCCGUCGGAUCCGUCAUUAACAAUAUUUUAUUUGGGUAUCGGUUCGACGAGCAACACCUCGACGAGUUUAGCCUCGUUAAAGAAUCGCUGCGGGACCUCGUCAAAAUUCUGACAGCUAUAGGG